CUGACAGUUCGGGAGCGUAUUCGCUUGCAAGUUGUUUUGCGUAAAUAAAUAUCUGCCCAACCGAUGAGUCACAAAAAGCGAACAUUGUUUCCUUCCCUGGCUUGUGCCGGUAGUUGCAGCUCUCCUUUGCCACAGCGUGUUCAACCGUAUUCAACCCGUUGGUUGCAAUUGCAGCGUUUUUACGCACCGGAAACCUUCGCAAGAUCGAUCUUCCAGUGAUUUUAAUUGUUGUGAUAUUAUACAUUUCAAACGAUUCCACCGAAGAGUACUGUGCCAAUUAGAGCUGUCGAGUUUAGUUGAAUGCAACCAUUGACGAAAGCCUUCAGCGCAAUGUUCAGCCGAAAGCAAGAGGACAGCAGCGAUACGCGAGGAAUGCCGCACGGUUCACCCAUCGCGAGCGGUUCACAGACGGCGAAUGGGAUAAUACGGCCCGCGUACGUCAUCGAACGGUACGCUGCCUACUACCCGAUGAACCACAAACGGCGCGGCAUGGCACUGAUCUUUUCGCACAACAAGUACAACGUGCGCAAUGUUAGUCUGCCGGUGCGCGAAGGCAGCGCCAUAGACUGUAAACGGCUGAAGGAAACGCUGGAGCUGUUCCGGUUCGAUGUGAAGGUGUAUCCCGAUUUUAAACUGGAAGAAAUCAAGUCCGUCAUUGGGAAGGUAUCGUCCAUGGACCACAGCGACAGUGACUGUUUUCUGGUCGCUAUCCUCACGCACGGCGAGGACGGGGGCAUUGUGUACGCCUAUGAUCAACCGUACGAACUGUCCCUCAUCUGGAGCUUCUUCACGGCCGACAACUGUCCAUCGUUGGCCGGGCGGCCGAAGAUUUUUGUCAUUCAGGCGUGCCGUGGGAACCAGCUCGAUCACGGCGUAAAGGUGCAGAAGGACGGCGUCGCACGGUACAGCAUCCCUACGCAUGCUGACUUUCUGUUUGCGUACGCCACGAUCCCGGGCUUCAUGGCGUUUCGCAACACGACCGAGGGUUCCUGGUUCAUCAACGAGCUGUGCAAGGAGUUGCAGGAAAACGGGCACAGGUACGACAUUAACACGCUGCUCACCUUCGUCACGCAGAAGGUGGCGUACGAUCACGAGUCGGUGUCGAACAUGCCGGAGUACAAUAUGCGCAAACAGACGCCAUGUGUCGUGUCGAUGCUGACCCGUUUGCUGCUGUUCAAUGUGGUUUAAUAACGAGCGCGGACUCGAACUUUUUAUCGAUAUCGAAUCAAUGCCUAAGGCAUAUUUUCCUAUAUUUUAACGUUCUACCUCAAGGUACAGUCGUAUCGUGUUUCUUUUGAUUAAUAAUUUGGUUUAUUUAGGAAUAAUGGUUUAAUCUCAGUUUGCAACAAAAGCGUGCAUAAAAUUAACACCGAUGCUGUACGGCAGGAGCGAAACACCAAAACACAGUGUCGUGCAAUACGAACGUAGUAACGUACUCCACCGUCAAUAAGGCAUUCUUAAUUUUAAUGCAUUUGGAUCAAAAGUAUUCGAUGGAAAAAAGUCAUACCAUUAUUUUAAAGCCCGUGAUUUUACCAGUGGCACUAAAAGAAUAUUUAUUUUUAUACCGUAUAAUAUUUAACACAUGAAGCAGGGCGAAAAUAAAAAUCGUAACAUUUCUAUA